AGCCCAAACCUGAAGCGACAGUUGGUGACAUUGCCGCCGGUUCACCUUCCCUCAUCGAUCUCUCUGUUACGGAGAUAAAAAGGCUCGUGGCCAUGUCCUAAUCCUUCCACGAAACUUCCCUCACCGGACAACCCACAACUGCACAGAGAGUGAUUCUUUUGUCCCCUACGGUACCCACUACCACAGCAUAGUGCCUCUCAAACGGCACUACGUACGCUUCUUGCAGCUCUCAUUGGGCUCUGUUUUCCAAGGAAUCUUUUUCGCUUCAAGAACAACUUCUCAUUGAUAGUAAACGCUGCGUUUCUGCUCUGUUUUCUGAGGAAUCUUGUGAACUUUCUGCCUGAGGGAAUGAAGAACAUGUAAUUUCAGCAUUGAACCUGAAAACGGUGCGUUUGCAGCUCUGAGAUUAAAUUAUCAUUGUGUUUUUGAGGAGCUCAUAUGGCUACACUCAAGGAUAUAGAAGUUGCAGCGGCUAUCAAUAUCCUCACUGCAUUUGCUUUCUUUGUGGCAUUUGCCAUACUCCGUCUUCAACCCGUCAAUGAUAGGGUCUACUUUCCAAAAUGGUAUCUGAAGGGUUUAAGGAGCAGUCCACUGAACAGUGGUGCAUUAGUAGGCAAGUUCGUCAACUUGGACUUCAGGUCAUAUGUCAGGUUUUUGAACUGGAUGCCUGCUGCAUUGAAAAUGCCAGAACCUGAGCUAAUUGACCAUGCAGGGUUGGAUUCUGCUGUUUACUUGAGGAUCUAUUUAGUCGGGCUAAAAAUUUUUGUUCCUAUUACAUUCCUGGCUUUUGCCAUCAUGGUACCUGUUAAUUGGACCAAUGGCACCUUGGAGCACUCGAAUUUAACUUAUAGUGACAUAGAUAAGCUUUCUAUUUCAAAUAUCCCAAUUGGAUCUGAUAGAUUUUGGACCCAUUUGGUAAUGGCUUAUGCUUUUAGCUUCUGGGCAUGCUAUGUUUUGAAAAAGGAGUAUGCGAUAGUUGCAUUGAUGAGGUUACAUUUUCUCGCAUCAGAACAACGGCGCCCCGAUCAAUUUACAGUACUAGUAAAAAACGUACCACCAGAUCCUGAUGAGUCAGUUGACGAGCUUGUGGAACAUUUUUUUCUGGUCAACCAUCCUGAACACUAUCUCACUCAUCAGGUUGUUUACAAUGCAAAUAGACUUUCUAAUCUAGUCGAAGAAAAGAAGAAGAUACAAAACUGGCUUGACUACUAUCAACUUAAAUAUUCCAGAAAUCAAUCUAAGAGGCCUUCUUCAAGGACUGGUUUUCUAGGUCUAUGUGGAGAUAGGGUGGACUCAAUUGAUUUUUAUACAUCUAAGAUUGAAAACUUCUCAGAAGAGAUAGCCACAGAGAGGGAUAAGAUUAUCAACAAUCCUAAAUCAAUCAUGCACGCAGCAUUUGUGUCCUUCAAAACUCGAUGGGCUGCAGCAGUUUGUGCACAAACUCAACAGUCCAGGAAUCCAACUACAUGGUUAACUGAGUGGGCUCCGGAGCCACGAGAUGUAUAUUGGGCCAACUUGGCAAUUCCAUAUGUUUCACUCUCAAUUAGGAGGCUUAUUGUUGCUGUUGCGUUCUUCUUCCUUACCUUCUUUUUCAUGAUCCCUAUUGCAUUCGUACAGUCGCUUGCAAACAUUGAGGGUAUUGAGAAAGCACUCCCUUUCCUAAAGCCCAUAAUUGAAAUAAAAUUCAUAAAGUCAUUUAUCCAAGGUUUCCUUCCAGGAAUUGCUUUGAAGAUUUUUCUCAUUUUUCUGCCAACAAUAUUGAUGCUAAUGUCAAAAUUUGAAGGAUUUAUUUGCAUGUCUGCUCUAGAGAGGAGAUCUGCAACUAGAUACUAUAUUUUCCAAUUUAUUAAUGUCUUUCUUGGGAGCAUAAUUACUGGAACUGCAUUUCAACAACUAGAUAAUUUCAUCCACCAGUCAGCAAAUGAAAUCCCAAGGACAAUUGGUGUUUCCAUUCCAAUGAAGGCAACUUUCUUCAUAACCUAUAUAAUGGUUGAUGGGUGGGCAGGUAUUGCUGGAGAAAUUCUAAGGUUGAAACCUUUAAUAAUUUAUCACUUGAAAAACUUUUUAUUGGUGAAGACUGAAAAGGAUAGGGAAGAAGCGAUGGAUCCUGGAACCCUUGGUUUCAACACAGGAGAACCUCAAAUACAACUAUAUUUCUUGCUUGGACUUGUUUAUGCGGUGGUGACUCCUGUUUUGCUUCCUUUUAUCAUAGUAUUCUUUGGCCUGGCAUAUGUUGUGUAUCGUCAUCAGAUUAUAAAUGUAUACAAUCAGGAGUACGAGAGUGGUGCAGCAUUCUGGCCUGAUGUCCAUGGGCGCAUAAUAGUUGCUCUAAUUGUGUCACAGCUGCUACUGAUGGGAUUAUUAAGUACAAAGCAAGCUGCUCAGUCAACUCCCUUGCUCAUUGCACUCCCAGUGUUGACAAUAUGGUUUCAUCGAUUCUGCAAAGGCCGUUAUGAACCUGCUUUUGUUAGAUAUCCAUUGCAGGAAGCAAUGAUGAAAGAUACAUUGGAACGUGCAAGGGAGCCAAACCUGAACCUGAAAGGCUUCUUACAAAAUGCAUACGUGCACCCGGUUUUCAAGGGAGGAGAUGAUAGUGAUAGUGAUGCAGCAUCAGGAGACGGGGAUCAAGAGCCUGAACUCAUCCCAACAAAGCGCAACUCUCGAAGGAAUACACCAUUGCCCAGCAAACAUAGUGGUUCGGUAUCGUCCCUGCCUGAAGCUGUUCUGGAGCAUGCACAGCUCUUAUAGUGUUAAUGUUUUGUUGAGGUUAAUAGUAAACAAUUUUAGUUGAUUCUAGCAAAUAAAUAAAAAAAAAUAAGGAAAAAGGCAAAGGGGAUAUCUCUUACUUAAGAAUUGGGUUAUUUUCUUUCUGGACAAACAUUGCUUCUUAGAAACCUUCUCAAAAUUUUCAGAGAUAGGGGUUGGCAUUAUGUCAUUAUUUAUUGUUAUUGCUGAUUGGUAGAUGGACGAGGGGUGAUGAUUUGUGGCGGACUUUGUCAUGUACCUCCAACUGAUCCAUAGCAAUUCAAUUGAAGCUGUUCGUUUCA